AUGAUAUAUGCUGGACAUAUAGAUGGGGCCAUAGAUGCUCUUAGAAGAGCAUUGUCUGUGAGCGAAAAGACACUGGGAGAAUACCACGAACAGACAGCAAUCACAAUACAAACAUUAGCUCGUGCCAUAUCUGCACAGCGAAACCACGCAGAGGCCCUUAGUACAUAUCAGAGAGCUCUUCGUAUAAGGGAGCAAGUGCUGGGUGAAAGUCAAAGUACAGCCAUUACGUAUACACUGCAUUGCAUGGGUCAGGAAAUGAUAGCGCUGGUCAAUGCAGAUGGUGCUGUGGACGUUCUCAGGAGAGCUCUGGCUAUGAAGGAGAAAAUACUGGGAGAAUAUCACGAACAGACAGCAGCCACAAUACAUGAAAUAACUCGUGCCAUAUCUACACAGGGAGAUCAUCCAGCUGCCCUCGGUACAUACCAGAGUGCUCUUCGUAUACAGGAGCAAGUGCUGGGUGAAUGUGUCAGUACAGCCAAUACAAUUCACUGCAUAGGUCAAGAAUUGACAAUGAUGAAUAAAAAAGGCGAAGCCAUCAUUGCUUUCGUUAGGGCGAUAGUUAUGGGGAUGAAAACCACUGGAAUAAUACCACACUCAUGCAGCAGUGACAAAACAUGA